GUGAUGAAGCUCCUCUGAGUGAACCGUGUGCAGGUAAAACUGUCUUCAUACCACUGAGGUUUUGCUGCCCGUCUGGGAUUCUUCUUUGUUUUACGUAACGUCCUGAUAAGCUUCAUGUUUUCAUUAGCUUUAAACACUGAGAAGGACGCAGCGGCGGUCCUCGACCGUGGACGGGUUUGGAAAAGUUCACGAGUUGAACACAUCGGCCUAAGAUGGACAGUUGUUACAAACUGUGAACUCAGACAGUGUAGUACUGUGUGUGAGACAGUACUAGUAGUACUACAGUAGUACACAUCAUUAUCCAGUAGCUAAUAUUAGCUACUGCGAGUGUUGGAAUAGAUAGAAAAUAUAGAUAGAAAAAUAUAAAUAUUUUGACGUUGGAGCUGAUGUUUCUGUCACUGGAAUGUUCUCUGCUCAGCCUCAGAGAUAGGCGUCCGCUGAGUGGGAUGUUAAAGUAAACUGCUGCGGACACACACAUCGGGGUUUUAUCUCUGGUAUUCUCAGCCGUGCCCUGAGAACAUGUGCAGAUUCACACCUGGACUUCCCAGGGGUCUCCCUCAUGGAGCUGCUGCAGGUACGGUGACCUCCAUGAGGAGGGCCUUCUGUUCUGUUCUGUUCUGUUCUGCUUCUGUUGCAGUGUGCUGAUCCUCAGCUCAUGACUGCCACGGUGCAGUGGUGACUCUGCAGGCUGGGGCGCUGCAGCUCAACAAAAACACCUCCAUCCAGUCUCACGGGAAAGUAUUUAAUCUUCUGCCCUGCGAUGAUGUAACAGUGUUUAAAAACAGGCCAUUUAAACUUGAAUUAUAAAUAAAGUUGACUGAAAUGAAUAAACUAAAUCCUCCUGACCUCAGGCAUUCAGGUCUGGACAUGACAGAAUGUGCUGCAAGGUCUGAAAGAAUUUUUAAAGAAUUCAGCGUCACUUGUAAAUGCAUCUGUUUUCCCAGGCGACUUGAAUGCAACAUGAGCGACGCGGCGGCGGGAAUGUCUCUCACAGGUGCCCUUUUACUGCUUUGGCUUUUUCUGUGUGCGUCACUCUCGUCCGCGUUGAGAGUUUCAAAAUGGCCGCCGCUCAACUGCUCAACACAGGAUUUGUGGUGUACCGUCAGUACCAGUAAUUGUGUGGACAUAAACUGGCUCGAUAGGAAUAAGUACACCCCCAGUGGUCCGGAUGAGCUGCAGGUGUCAGUGGACACCAGAGCGGAUGAGGCUGGUCGUCUUCAGCCUGUUUUGGUGGCUAAGUGGAAGCUAAGAGAUGACGGCAGCAUCGGUUACCUCAAAGCCACAGAACUUGAAAUCCUGGUGAUGUCCACCAACCAGAACCUGUGUGUGCGAUAUUCUUUCCGAGACCGUCUGCCGAUGAGAAGUCCAUCAGGCGAGAGGUGGUCCUGGUUUGCUGACAUGGUGGUGCUGCAGCCUGAGCAGAGUUACCUGGUCUCUGUGUUUAACAUCCCUAAACCGGAGGUGGGCCACAGCAACUAUGACGUCAGUAAGAAAGUCAGCGUACCUGGUUGUCAGGAUCCCACGAUGCGAGAGACACAGUUUUGCAUCAAUAGAGGAAGUCAGUGGCAGUCUAACAUCCGUGUAACACAGAUCUCAGCAGCUCUGGCCGUCAGCUUCAGUCCUGACAGUCGCUGUGAGAAGUACACAGUUUUGGUUCAAUGCGACAGUUUCCAACAGAAAGUGCAGCAUGUUAACAGGGACAACAGUUCUACUCUGACUGUUCCCUCUGUUCUACGGGAUAACAGUUCUACUCUGACUGUUCCCUCUGUUCUACGGGAUAACAGUUCUACUCUGACUGUUCCCUCUAUUCCUCAGGACAACAGUUCUACUCUGACUGUUCCCUCUAUUCCUCAGGACAACAGUUCUACUCUGACUGUUCCCUCUAUUCCUCAGGACAACAGUUCUACUCUGACUGUUCCCUCUAUUCCUCAGGACAACAGUUCUACUCUGACUGUUCCCUCUAUUCCUCAGGACAACAGUUCUACUCUGACUGUUCCCUCUGUUCUACAGGACAACAGUUCUACUCUGAAGACCUCCUUCAGUCUGGACAAAUGGCCCAGGUCCUGCUGCCAGUUCGACGUUGAGAUCAAACCUCUCUUCCCGCAAUGUGGUGAGGACUGCGUCCGUCACAAACGAACUCUGGACAUUUGUCCCGCUCCAAGCCCGACUCCUGACCCUCCUGUCUCUCCUGCUCUUUUAUACACACUUGUCACAGUGGCAGUGGUGUGUGUGCUGACAGCAGCGUCUCUGUGUUUCCUCUGCAGGAAGUCAGGCCACCGUGACGCCUCUUUGGUGUCUACGCCGGGCGUCAAACCCCCCCAGUUGGAGCUAAAACAACCUCCUAAAGUGCUGGUCAUUUACUCCCAGGACCACCACCUCUACAGGGACAUCGUGCUGAAGCUCUGUGCCUUCCUCCAGGCCAAGUGUGGCACCAAGGUUCUGGUGGACCUGCUGGACUCCUCCUCCAUUGGCCUGAUGGGCCGUAUACCCUGGCUGGAGUGGCAGCGCCAGCAGCUGCAGAACCCCUGUGAUAAGGUUCUGGUGCUGUGCUCGCGGGGGGUCCAGGCCAAAUGGAGGGCCCUGUGUGGUCAGGGCAGAGUGAUGCUGAGGGAGGACCUUCUGUCCCCCACGGACGACAUGCUCGUCCCCUUCCUCCACCUCUUCCUGCCCGACAUGCACCAGGUGGGCAUGCAGGGCCGCUACCUGGUGGCCUACUUCGACGGCAUCAGCAGCGACAGAGACGUACCGUCGGUGUUUGACAUCAUGGUCAGGUACAAGCUGAUGAAGCACUUUGAAGAGCUGUUCUUCUGCCUCUUGGACAUCGAAAAGUAUCAACCAGACCACGUCAUGAAGGUGGAGGGCAUCGGCGGGGACGAAUACUUCAACUGCCCCUCAGGAAAAGACCUAAAAAACGCCAUAGAAAGAUUCCAGGCCUACCAGCUGGAAAACCCCGACUGGUUCGAGAGAGAGUGUGUGGAGGGUGAGGAGGAGAUCAUGGCGGAGGCCAACCUGUUGAUGAGUCAGAUUCAGACUCCUCCUGUCCUGGAGUGUGUCCCUCUGAUCAGAGGAGGAUCUCCUGUCUUCAUCCAAGAGGUAGAAAUCUGUGAGAACAACAGCAGCGUCCACGUCCUCACGCCUGAACUGAACCCACCACACCCCCUGUCUUUAGCCAACAGCUUCACAUCUGUCAUACACCCAGGAGACAAACACCAGUGUCCAUCAAGUCUGGAUGAGUUGAGCUCAGACCGCUGGUACCCUUACGUCCACUGCCCACAGUCCCUGUGUCCACCACAGCCCGUCCUGAGACCCGACUGGUUUCCUCGUCCAGUCGGUCAGAUUCCCUGUGAAGUGGACAGUGAUGAUUCACAGCUGAUUUCUCAUCUGGGCCCGAGAUUAUUGGUCCCACAAAACUCCCUGGACUCCAUCCAGUCCUCGUCUUCAGUUCCAAACAUGCAGGUUGACCACUUCCCUCCGUCCCACGUCCCAGUCAGCUGCUCUCUGCCCGUGGAGGUGGAUGAAGAUGAGGUUCUAGGACCCAGUGGCAAAGGUCCAAACAGUGGUUCUGACCAAGGCUACAGUUCUAAGAUUUCCUCCCAGCAUGAACACGUUCUGAAGGAGAACCAGCUGAUGGCACUGACCAGGCUGCAGGAGGAGCUGUUUCAGCAGAACCUCAGGGACUUGGACUUGGUCCCUGAGGGGAACUGAUGGACACACGGCCACUGGAACUGGAACUGGAACUCUGCAGUAAGCAGCACCGAUUCCAUCAUCUCUGUGAUUGGUUAGACCACACUCCAGUACCUUAAAAUAAGGAAGAAGGAACCGUAACAAAUGCUGAGUCUGAUGUAGGUGGCGCCGGUGUGUCACAGAAGAAAUGUUGAAGUGAAACGAUUGAACGACAGCCUCAGUGUGGAUGUUCUACCUGGAACCGAGAGGAAAAACUUCAGAACAAUUUUACAAGGAGGAACUGUUGUGACUGUUGGGG